GCGGAGGUGGUGCUGGUGCUGCUGACCAAGAUCUUGUUCAAGAUCUCCCUCUAGUGACGCGCCACCUGCGCGGUCCUCAACAACAAUGCUCUCUGCAUCACUCCGGCACGUCCGGCGCGUGGCUCUCCCCCCCCGCCCCUCUGACCCUGCCCACUCUCUACCCUCGCAGUGCCACAACAUCGUCAGACCGCCCCCCGGCUCCUUCCGCCUAGUCCACGGCCGCAUCCGGCAGCCUCCCCUUGCGUCCAUCUGGACGGGAUGGAAGGGCACCGAGUCGCGAGAUGAGAAGGAAGGCGCCAAAGAUGACAACGAUGACCACAUGGCGAAUAAUGUGUCGGCAUCGGCUGACCAGGCUGUGGCCAAGGGCGGCGGUGGUCAGGCCGUUGGUGGUGGUCAGGGCGGUGGAGAUGGUGUGGUUGAUGACCAUGACCAUGAGGCUGGGGAGGGGGACUUUAUGGAUGGGAACGAGGAGAACACGCCGAUCCGGAAGUUCAACCAGGGCAACCUUAUGGGUCAGAGGAUAUGGCGGGCCACGGCGGAGGACAUCAAGAUCCUCAGGAAGGCGCCGUACAAGUACCCCCUGCCCAUCGAGAUGCCGGUGAGUGCGUGACCGACACACAGACACACAUGAGGGAGUGCACUGUGUGCUGGACUGCGUGAGCCGUGUGCUUGUGUGUGUGUGUGUGUGUGUGUUUGUAGGGUACGAUUGUGAUCCGCAUCGUACGCCUGUCUGAGCCCGUGACGAGCCCCAUUUCCCGAGCUAUAGCGAAUGCUCAAUGUGAGUGAGUUCACCACCCACACCGAAAUCAUCACAUCAGCGGCUUCUCUGUCUGCUGUUUCUUUAUCAGUUGGCAUUCGUGAGGACGAGAGGUGGCGGCUGCUGUUUUGGGGGUUUCUGUGCUCGGGUGUCUUGUGCAGUGCUGGCCUCUGGCAGCUGUAUAGGUGAGAGAGAAAGAGAGAGAGAGAGAGAGAGAGAGGGGCGGAGGGACGGAAGCGUGUCAUUGUGGUAUGGCGUGUGGAAUCCACAGGAUGAAGUGGAAGGCUGAUUUGAUAGAGAAGCGGCGCAGUCGCCUCUCUAUGCCCAUGACCGUCGUCACAGGCAGCCCAUUCCCAUGGUGCUCACACACACACACACACAUACACACACACAAACGGCAGACACACAGACCCACGGGAAUCCUCCGUGUGUGUUGCAAUGCAGGACGGAUGAUCUCGAGAGCUGGGCUUAUCGCCUUGUGGAGCUGAGGUACGAGAGCACAUAUUAAACACCUCCCUCUCACGGCUGUGUGCGAGUGUGUGUGCCUGUAGGGGUGUUUACGACCUGAGGAGGGAGAUGAAAGUGGGGCCCAGGCCGGGACUCAGCAGAGACAAAGUCAGACAGACAAUCAGACACACACCGUACCACUGUCACACUCACCCCCCUGUCCUGUGCGGACGUGUUUGUUAUGGUUGUCAGCCUGGCUACAACAUUGUGUGCCCCCUCGUACUCGAGGACGGGUAAAUAGACAGACAAACAGUCAAACAAACAAACAAACCACAAGGGUACCAUGUGUCCGCGUGUGCAUGCGUGUGUAUGGUCAGGACUCGUGUGUUGAUCAACCGAGGUCACAUCAACUUCGAGUACGCUGAAGCCGAUGUCCGCAGAGAGGUCAGCUGCACUCAGCACCCACGCAGCCUUCACACAGACAGACGCACCGCAAAUGUGUGUGCGCUCUCCCACCAUGGCUGGCUAACAGAUCCCCGAGUGGCUCAGCGUCCGAGCCGUCAUCGAUCCCGGCGAGAUUGUAAACACACACACGAAGCAGACCAUUCACUCAUUCACCUCUCGCUCACCUCUCCCUCCCCUCCCUUGCUCUCCCUCAGCCCAACUUCCGUUGGUUGAAUCCGCUGGGUCGUCUGAAGAACAGACCCGACGACAACAUGUUCCACUCAAUGAGGGCAGAGGACCUGGCACAGAGGUCGGGGGCGCCCAACAUCCAGGCCUGCUCACAGGCUGUCCUCAACGCUUUCGGUCAGUCAGGCACACAGCACACGCAGGGCGACGUGGGCGGGGAGGGAGGGAGGGGGGGCGGGGAGAGAGAUUCGUGUCGUCUGUGUGUGUAAAUGUGGUGCAGACGCCAUUUACGAUGAGGACAAGUACCUGCCGCCCAACAGUAAGCAGCACAGCAGAGAGAGAGAGAGAGAGGGAGGGAUGUGUGUGUGUGAGUGGAUAUUGCGUGUCGCGUGUGUGCACACGUAUGUCAGUGCGCCGUCGUCGGUUCACGAGUGAGUUCGACAUGAAGGGCAAGAAGGACUACCUCCUCUUCUGGGCCGACGAAUUCACACACUUCAACUACGCCAUGCAGUGGUACGUCUGUGUGUGAGUGGGCUGCCGACCUACCUACCUACCUAGUGCGGCCAUUGAAGCGCACACACGCCAUCGCCUACGUGUCUGUGUCAGGUUCGGCAUGGCGGCCUUGGCUGCGGUGAUGACGGUGUCCAAGUUCAUCCAAGUCAGCAGAUGGAGGUUCUGACCGGGCGGCCGUGUCGAUGGAUGCAGUCAGUUGUUGUUGUGCGUACGCCCCGUCCAUUUGGAGUGUCGUGCUGUCUUGUCUGAUCGCGGGAUUGUUGCCAUAACCGACGUCGGGGCUGAUCGUCGUCGGUUGCAGCAGCGAGUCGGAGGGCGAACGUGAGACAGCAUGGUGCAGCAGAGAGGAGGGGCCUCCUCGGUGCGUUGUGUGUGUAUGUGCGCGUGUGAGAGAGAAAUUGGACCGGCUUGUUUUGGUUGAGUUGUCUGCUGAUCGAUAGAGAGAGUGCGUUUCCCGCCUUGUUUGUACAUGCAUGUCCUCCCGGGUUUGGGCUGCACAUGGACCUGGCUGUUGGUAUCAGCAAUGGCCGGGCUCAUGCGCUCGCAUUCGGUACGGCGCGCGCAGACAGGGGGAAAAGGACGGCUCGAUGGAUGGAUGGAUGGACCUGUUGAGGUGAAUUACACACACGCGAGAGACGUGUCUGUCUGUCUGGGUGGGUCGCUGGGUGGGUGGCUGUACACUCAGUCAGCAGUGUCAAUCAACGCAUAUAUA